UGUUCGCUAGUAGAACGAAAAAAUUGUAAGGGCCAAAAUAUGAAGAGAUUUAUUUUAUCGAUUUAUAUUUUGGCAUGUGCGUUUAGUAAUGGUUUUGCAGCCCACUCCACGACGAAAGCAACCAGCUUGCGCCCGAACAAGGAGGACGCCUUCAAGGAGGACAUGAAGACGAUUUUCGCCAUGAUACCGAAGGAGAAGUUCCACGAGCUGGCCUUCGAGCACGCGAAAAACGACACGGGUUUCCAAGCUGCGCUUAGAUUCUUCAAAGGCGACCAGUGGACGAAAGCGGUCGAACGGAUUAAAGCGAACCCGGACUGGAUAGAGUUCAAAGCUUUCCUGUCCGCCAUCGGGGUCGAUAUGGAGGUCUAUUUGCGUUGCAUCGAAGCGUUUCUGGAGAAAGCCGACGUUCCCGGGGACCUGCCCGACGAUGCCAAGAAAGAUCUGAAGCCCUUCCUGGCCGACUUGGAGAAGCACAUGCCGACGGCCAAGAUUUUGGCCAAAUUAAACGAGAGAAUUAUGAACAACCCUCAUUUCCAUGAGAUUUACGAGAAAUUGGCGAGCGAGAAGUCCCAUGCGAUGGUCGAGAAGGCACGCGCCAUACCGGAAUUUAAGUUCAUGGUCGACGCACUAGACGAUAUGGGCAUCCAAGUCAAGGAAAUUAUUAACGCCUUGUACGUAUUCCUAGGAUGGGAAUAGUUCAGCAAUUAGGUCAGACAUUACAUUAUUAUGUUAUUGAUUCCUUGAACAUUUUUUGUUUCAUGAUUUGUUGCUUUUAUUUGCAUGUUUUACUUGAACCUUACAAGAACGGCAAUACUAUGUACGAUUUCUUUCGGCACUCUACCAACAAAUUUACUAAGUGGUUAAAUCAGGAUUUCAGAAUUGAGAACUUAUAUGCUAGUCGGCAAAUGCACUUUAGUUACUAGAGGUUUAUUUUAUCGUUUUAAGUUUACAACUUUUGAUAUAUUUAUAUACAUGAUAUAACAUCAGAAUCAUAUACUACUAACAUCAACAUCUUAGGACAUUUACCAAAAAAAAUUUUAAGUGAUUUACGAAACAGUUGUGAGUCCAUAUACUGACGUAUUCUUUAGAAGAGGGCAAUUGCUCAAUAGUUUUCUAGUUUUUAAGGUUUGUUACUAUUGUUAGAAUGUAAUGUCUGUCUUAACAGGAGCAAAACCAUUAUUAGACUUUAUUGUAUAUUAGGCCCACUACCAAUAAAUUGUAUGUAAAAAAAUAUAUAUAUUAUACUGUAAUGUAAUACUGUACAAUCAUACAUUUCUUCAAUAAAACAUAAUAAAUUCUGCAA